AUGUCCGGCACCUACAUCCGGGGUGCACGUGGGCGCUUGAGGAUUUCUUUUGCGGGGAACGAAACCGCCGUUCCUUUCCGUCCGCGGUCCCCAUCCCACGUAAGUGCCGUGGAAUCCCGAGGUGAUGAGCCGGGGAAGCCGGCAUCUCCCCCGCUCCAGUGCCGGCGCCUGGCAGAGCCCCGGACUCGGAGUUUUCUGCUGGGCCCCGUCGCGGAAGGAGGGCCCGGGCUGCCCUGCACAACGUCUCCGCGGAGCCCUGGGGGCCGCUCAGCUCCUGCAAACAUGAUUCAGAACCGCGCGUCAGCCUUGGCUCCAGCGCCUGGCGCGAGCGAGCGGGGCUUGGCUGCCUCGGCCCCGUCUGAACCCUGCGGGCCGCGGGCCAGGGCGGGCCGAGAGCCGCCGCGCCAGGACCCUCUCCUGACGCCAGGACCCUGCAGACCCGGCAGCAGCCGCGCCGAAGGCCUCCCUCCGGGGCCUCGAGCCCACGGUCCAUGCUUGCAACGCCAGGAUUGCACGGCGGGGUCCGCAGUUGGGUUUGAGCCUGGGACUCGGGGCGCCCUGCGCUCCGCGUGCCGCACCCCGCGCCCUCACCCCAAUCGAACGGGUCCUGGGGCUUCACCAGCAAGGCCGGAGCCCCAGCCCUACUGCCCCCUACCCCCGCACUACCCCUCUGCACUGGGACGGGAGUCAGGGACAGGGGCCGAAGAAAGGAGACGUGUUGGCCCCCCAGGCUCCAGCCGCGUGAGGUUCCUGAUGUGUGCAGCUGUGUGGCGCCCGGCUUCCAGCGUGUUCAUGGCCAUAUUCUGCUGAUGGGGAAAUGGGAUCUUAUCCAGGGAAAGUGACUUGCCAAGGUUAUACCACUUGUAAGUGGAGACCUAUGACUUGAACCUGUCUCUAACUC